CUUUUGCUGGAGGCCUUGAUAGGGCUCAUUGUUUUCUUUUUUGGAGAAUUUUACACUUGUAGUUUCGUUUGGGUUACGGAUUUGUUCUUGUUUUGAUUAUUUGUAUUGAUAUUAUUGUUUUUCUAUCGGAUUUUUCAUGAAAGUUUGAGACUUGGGGUGAAACUGCGGAGGCUGAUCAGUUUCUAGGGUUUGGUUUGGACGUGCAUGCGGGUUUUAUUGGAAAAUUUGGGAUUAGUGGAAAAAAAAAAUAAAGGUUUAAUAUUGUUUCUGGUUCUCUGAUUGUUGAUGUUUAUGAAAGUUUGAGUUUUGAGAGAGGAUUUUGGAGAAUUGAAGAUUUGCUUUGUAAUUGCGUUGAAAUAUACAUUGUUAUGGUUUGUCUUGUUAUGAUUAUUAUUUUAGGGAAUUAUCAUGUGGCUGGCUGUGUUUAUGUUUUUUAAUGUGUAAAUGCAUGCAUAAUUAGGGUGAUUUGUUGUUUGAUAAGUAAUGCUUGAUUUUUCUUGUGCUAUGAUUGGGAAUAUUGGAUUAUGAUGCUCUACAGUGAUGCUAAAAGUUUCAGAAAAAUAUUCACUUGAUUUGUUUGCAAAACCACCAAAUUGGAUUAGAGCAAUUUUAUGAUUGUGGAGGAUAAUUUCAUUAAUGGAUCGGAUAUAUGGUUGACAAAAUGAGAUAAUUUUGUUUUGAGUUUCUUCUUGUUUGGCAAAUGUACUUAGAGGAAAUGUCUUAAUGACAAAACUUUGUAUGUAUAAGUUGGUAUGCAUAUCAUAGGUGAAUAUAUCGUAGGCGAAUGUAUGUUGACUUUAGGAUGAGUUCUACCAUUAUAAGAUAUCAGUACAUUAUGAAAUUCAUUAACCCAAAGCUUAGCAUGAAAAUUUAAAGGGUUUCCAUGUUUCUUGGUUCAGUGGUAUUUAUAAGGUGAUUUUGAUUUUUGAGGGAUCAUGUAGUUAUCCAUCUGAGAAUUGUAUGUAUUGGAAAGAGCCCAGAUUUAUUGAGUUUUCUUGAGAUUUGGCUUUCUUAUGUGUUUGAAGAAUAGCCCUCCUUUGGUUUGAUGUUGGAGAUGAAGCUAGGUUAUGUUCUUUCAAAAUCUCAAAUAACUUUCCUUGAAUUUUUCAAAAUGACAAUCAGUUUGUCCUAGACCCUUGGAGGCAUGGAAGCUUUAUCUGAAAAUGAUUGUCCUUGUAGGUUUCUUGUGGAAAUUCUCAUUUUCCAAGAAGACAAUUUAUGAGAUAACCAUGAAUUUUUGCGAGAUUGAUGAUAAUAAGAAAUUCCGUGAGAUUGGCACUAAUGAGGCAAAGUUUAAAUGUCUUCAGUCAAUUUGGAAGUGAAUUGAAUAUAUGACGACCCAAAGAGAAAGAAAGGAAGGACGCAGUUAACAGUGCAUAUAUCCAAAAGUGGGAUGGCUCCAUACUGGUGUUUGAGCAGGAAACUCAAGCCAUGCAUCUGUGAUUGAGGCUUGUUUUAAUUAUCUUGGCAUUGCCACAAUGUCCGGGUUGCUCAAUUCUACACUUGGUGGCUCAACUUCAAAUCUACCUGACUCGACUGGCCGGUCUUUUGCAACAUCAUUUUCUGCUCAAUCAGCUAAUGCCCCAGGUUUCCAUCACUCUGGUGCCUUGCAAGGGCUGCAUAACAUUCAUGGAGGCUUCAGCAUUCCAAACAUGUCCGCAUCCCUUACAUCCCUUACAUCACGUAAUGCAGCAAUGAAUGGUGUCCCAUCAAGUGGAGUUCAGCAACCAGGCGGAAACAUUUCAAAUGGACGUUUCACAUCAAACAACAUGCCAGUUCCUAUACCUCAGAUGUCUCAUGGAAGCUCUCAUGGUCAUUCAGGGCUAACAAAUAGGGGUGGUAUUAAUGUGGCAGGAGGCCCAGCUUUUAGUAGCAGCAUGAAUGGUUCAAUACCAGGGAUUUCCUCUAGUCCUGGUACUGCUGGCAGCCGUAAUUCUGUUCCUGGGUUGGGAAUAUCUCCAAUUUUUGGAAAUGUAGGUCCUCGAAUUACAAAUUCUAUUGGCAAUAUUGUCGGAGGCAACAUGGGAAGAAGUAUAAGCUCUGGAGGAUUAUCCAUUCCUGCCCUUGCAUCACGAGUGAAUUUAGGUGCUAAUGGUGGGUCAGUGAGUCUCAGUGUGCAAGGUUCCAACCGGUUUCUGGGUGGCAUGCUUCAACAAGCAGCACCGCAGAUAAUUGGUAUGAUAGGAAGUUCUUACCCAUCAUCUGGAGGACCAUUUUCCCAGAGUCAGUUACAAUCUGGGAACAAUCCUUUUAAUUCCUUAGGUAUGUUGAAAGAUGGUAAUUCAAAUGAUACUUCUCCUUAUGACAUGAGUGAUUUCCCCCUGUUAUCUGGGCAACCAAAUUCCGCUGGAGGGCCCCAAGCGCAAUAUGGUUCCUUGAGGAAGCAAGGUGUUGGUGUUAGCUCCAUUGUCCAACAAAAUCAGGAAUUUAGCAUGCAGAAUGAAGAUUUCCCAGCUUUGCCAGGAUAUAAAGGUGGAAGUGCAGAAUUUGCAAUUGAUUUGCAGCAAAAAGAACAGCUUCACGAGAAUGCAUCUAUGGUGCAGUCACCUCAUUUUCCUAUGGCAAGAUCUGCUGGAUUCAACUUGGGAGGAUCUUAUUCGUCCAAUCGUCAGCAGCAACAGCCUCACUCUGCUUCAGUUAGCACAGGGAGUAUUUCUUUUUCACCUGGAAACAAUCAAGAUCUUCUUCAUUUGCAUGGGACUGACAUGUUUCCUUCAUCUCAUGGAACCUAUCACACUCAGGUGCAGAAUAGUGGACACCAUGGUAUUGGGUUGAGACCUCUAGGUUUGCCUAUUUCAUCUGGUAUGGGAGACUAUGAACAGAUUUUGCAACAAUAUCAACAGCAGCAGAAUCAGUCGCAGCUUAGGUUGCAACAGAUGUCUGCUGCUUCUCAGUCAUACAGGGACAAAGGUUUGAAGUCUACACAAGGGGCACAAGCAAACUUUGAUCGAUUUGGGCUUCUUGGUUUGACAAGUGUUAUGAGCAUGAGUGAUCCAGAUUUAUCAUCCCUUGCUUUGGGAAUUGAUUUAACUACAUUGGGGUUAAACUUAAGCUCAAAUAAUAGCCUUUAUAAGGCAUUUGCUUCCCCUUUCUAUGAUGAGUCAACCAAAGGAGAACCUGAGUAUUCCAUUCCAAAUUGUUACUAUUCUAAACAACCACCUGCUCUAAUGCAAGGACAUUUUGCAAGGUUUCAGUUGUGCACACUGUUUUACAUCUUUUACAGCAUGCCAAAGGAUGAGGCUCAAUUGUACGCUGCAAAUGAAUUAUCUUCAAGGGGAUGGUUAUAUCACAAAGUGCACAAAAUUUGGUUCAUGAAAGUCCCCGACAAAGAUCUCGGUAAGACCCUGACUGACGGACGGGGACCCUGCCGUUGCUUUGAUCCAAAUUCAUGGGCAAUAGUUCUGAAGGAUGACUUUGUUUACUCCAAUGAUGACAUCGAGAAGAAACCGAUAUUACUUCCUGCACCUUAUCGGCAUUAGCUCCUAGACUUUUUGUACAUAAUAGCUGCAUGUUCAGCUUUGAUCAUAGAAAUAACCGGAUAUAGCUAUAUAUCGUUUCGGACAGGUGUUAUGACCCCGGAUUCUUGUCUUUCUUUUUCUCAUUGAUCAGACAGAGGAAAGAAGAAAGAGAAAGAUCCAUUGAACACCAGAAUGAUUAUAAGAGGGCAUUAGAAUCAGGUAGAACUUGUUCAAUCUGUAAACAUAUGUUAUUGUGAUUAGCUUCAGGGCUUUUGAUGUGUUUUAAUCAGUGUCAGACAAGUCUAUGUACUUGUUUUGGAGAAUUAACAUUGUGCUGUUAACUUGUUGACAGUUCUUUUCCAGUUUUAUAAUUUUAAGCCUUGCAAUUUUAAAAUUA